GAGCAGGCAGACAGAGAGAGAGGGAGAGGGAGAGAGUCGUCAAAUCGAGUGGCGAAGGGGUGGGGUUUCGUAUGAAGCUCCUUUCCGUGGUGGUGGUGGUCGCGAAGAGGGUUUGAAAGGAGAAAGAGAAGCAGCGAAGAAGACUGGUUGAAGAAGCUCAAGAGCAGACGAAGAUCACAUCCUGGACUACUUAUAUAUAUGUUCUUAUAGUUUCUCUCGUUCUCUCUCCUUCAUCGAUGAAUCAAUUUGAUUCGGUCAUACCUACAAUCGAGCUUCCGAAAGGUUUUGGGUGAUUCUUGCUGCGAGCUUCUGUUUUCUGUACACUUUUACAUGUACAGAGUGCUAUUUUGUUCAAUUUCAAAUAAUGAUGAGCUUGUCCAGAAAAGUUAUCUCAACCAAUGACACAAAACUGAAUGCCCCUUGUAAGACAACUUCUCUGAAUCCUAACGCAGCGGAGUUCAUUCCUUUUGCCCUUAGAUCUUCAUCUGGAAACCUUGGCUCUGCAGAGGUGACAGCGAGGCUUGAUGCCUCUGAAACUUCUGGAAAAACAGUGUUACAUCGAUCAGAGUCCACUGUUUCUAAUAACUCUGAUGAUGAAGUCCAUCAGUACUGGCGCCGCCAGCUCCCUGAUGAUAUUACUCCAGACUUCAAGUUCAUGGGAGAAGAUGAGUCGCAAGGACCUGAAAGCCUUACUAUCUCUAGUUUGUCCAUUAACGAUGGGAGUGAUACCUCCAGGUUCUCUCUAUCUACAGGCAGUGGACAGAUAUUAGGCAAGCCACAUGAAUUAUCUCCUCAUGGUAAUGAUAAUGACACUAUGAUUGAAAAGAUAAGAUAUUCCAUUCCAUCAUAUGCAGAAGAUCAAUCUUCAGCAGCUUUUCUGAAUUUUCCAACAGGAUUCAUAAAUGGUGAUCAGCACCUUGGCAGUAAGGGAAGGGAUGAGUUCACUUACAAUGGAAACCCCGGCUCUGGAUUCAUAAAUGAUACUUUGAACGAGCAUGGGUUUUUGGAGGAUAAUGACGUCAAUCCUGGGGAAUUUUUGGCUUCUCAAUUCCCUGGUUUUGCUGCUGAAAGCCUUGCAGAGGUCUAUUAUGCCAAUGGGUGUGAUUUGAACUUGACAAUUGAGAUGCUGACUCAACUUGAGCUUCAAGUUGACGGUGCUUUUAAUCAGAACCUGAACUCAAAACCCAUGUCGGCUCCAAGCCUGAGUCCAAUGGAUUUUCCUGCACUUACUGCUCCUGAUGGUCAAAAUGGUUUGCCAAAAUAUGCUGGUGAUGAUAUACAGCAAUCUACAAAUCCAUACCGGUCUUCUGACAAGGACACCAUUCUUUUCUUCAAGUCCAGCUCUACAACCCCAUCUAGAGGUGCUAUUGAUUUUGCUUCAGCUGUUAGGAAAUUAGCAUCUCAGGAUUCUGGUCACUGGAAGUAUGAGAGAAAUAGUUCUUCAGAUACCUCUGUUGGCUCAAGUAGAAGUUCCCAUAACUUAGGUAGCUCUUAUAGUGGCAGUCAUGGGAGGUCCAUUCAUGGCGACCGAUUGCAAAAUCAUGGUUCAACUCGGGGAGCUUCUUGGCUUGAGACUGGAGAUGCAGUUGCAAAUAUGUACUCAGAGCUUAGGGGAGAAGCUCGUGAUCAUGCACGCCUUCGUAAUGCGUACUUUGAUCAGGCACGCCAGGCAUAUAUCAUUGGCAACAAGGCUUUAGCAAAAGAAUUAAGUGUGAAAGGACAGCUGCACAACAUGCAUAUGAAGGCAGCUCAUGGAAAAGCUCAAGAGUCCAUUUAUCGACAAAGUUGUCGCUGGUUCGAGAUAGGAAACAGCCUCUCUGUGUGUGGAAGGCUGCAUACAUUAUGACGCUCCCCAGAUCCUGCAGUGGCAGGAGCCUCGUGCACUGGGUACACCCUUUUUUAUUGAUCAUUGAUCAUUGUCCUUUGAAUUUUUUCAAAUUUUCUGAUGACUUGCCAAGAUGCAAUUUUACCUAGUGUCAUGGCUCCUUGAUAUAGAAGGAGAGGCUAUGUUCUAUGUUAAUCAUUGGCGUCUUUUCUGUCUUAAUUUGGCUAUGUUUUAUGUAAAUAAUUGUAUCUUUUCUUUGUUUAGCUUUUGUUUCUGAAUGUGACUUUUUUGGCUAUGUUCUAUGUUAAUCAUUGGCGUCUUUUCGGUCUUAAUUUGGCUAUGUUUUAUGUAAAUAAUUGUAUGUUUUCUUUGUUUAGCUUUUGUUUCUGAAUGUGACUUUUUUGUUUUUUGUGUUUUUGGGGUGGGGGAGGGGGUGUGUGAUGAGGUUGAAUCUUUACAAGGAGUCAACAUUCAUGUAAUGGUCAUUUAAAUGUUGUAAUUGCAUUCAUGAUGUUGAAUUACAUGUCAUUGUGUGCUCAUUUGAUCAUCUUAUAUUAGUUAUGCUCUCGGUCCUUCGCUUUACCUGGUAUAUCUGGCGGUUAUUGGUGGGGUACCAUGAAGGAGAUCUUUGAUAAUAUUGUUACUCAAUUUGUGUUCAUGCCAAUUGGGUUCUCGGGAGUACUUUCUGUCUUAUCUUAGCAUAGGUGUAUCCUAGUUGGGGGUUCCACAGCUUGGCAUUCUAUGACAGUCAGUAUGUUGAAGCUUUGGUGGUUCUCAUAUGCCAUUGCAGUCCCCGAGAAGGAUAUGAUGACUUGUGGUGGAGAGGCAAAUAUAUGUUGGUUACCAUAUGGUGGUGGGUGGUUUUGGCUUGGAGAACACCGAGAAGCCUACUUUGAUCUUUGGCUGCCCGUUUGCAUGUCUAGAGAACAGAUCAGGGCGGAACUCUCGGAAUUGCCCUGAAACCUAAUGCAUGGUUAUUUGGCUGUGUAAGAAUGAUGGGCUUGCAUUGCACGACAAUGCAGUGUUGCUUCCAUGUGCUAUGGGGAUGGCAUUUGAAUGUGUAUGCAUCCUUUGUAUUCUUCAUUCAUGACCUCAGUAAAUGUGUGAAGGUGGUUUGUUAAAAAA